AUGCGGAUGAUGACACGCCAAUUACUCCUCCUCCUGCCAAAGACUCACUCGCUGUCCUUACGCAAGCCCUCUGCUCAUCUUCGAGCAGCUGAUAACGCUUCACCUGAGUUGUCUUCAGGCAUGCGCCCACGCAAACGGGCAUUAUUGAGUGCAGAUGAUGCACCCAUCAAAAAAGUUGCCAUACGAGCGGCUCCUGAGGAAGAUGACUUAGACGACAACCUCAUCCCUCCCAUUGCCAAUGGAGAUGACUCAUCCACUGAUGAUUCAGAGUACACUAACAAUCUCGAUAAUGAAGCUGAAGAAGCCGACGACACCGAGGAAGCAUACCAGAAGACCAAGUCACUUGGAGAUGCAGACCACUAG